CCCCCUCCCCUCUCCCCUGGCCGCUGACACCAACUUCUGCUCGCGAACUCCGUUCUGCCCCUUUUUUGGCUCAGGGCGACCUCGACGGCCCUGACAGCGACAGGCCCGCCGCAGUGCCCAGAAAGGCCCCCUGUGGCCCAGCGCCUCCCCGGCUCUUUCUGGAUGGAGGCGCCUCGGGAAGGAGCUAGCGGCCUGCACUCUCCCGCCGCUGCUGACCACACCUCCCCUAGCGCAGAGGCCGCUCUGAAGAGCAGGAAAUGCUGCACCAGCUGCCCCCCCGGGAUCUUGGUCUGAACGCUAGGAUGGAGCUGGGGGCAGCCACUGAGACCUUCGUGCUGGAGCUUCGGUGUCUUGAAGAUGGGGGCCCAGGGCCUGGCACCCUCUCAGGUGGCAGUGGUGGGAGUGAGAAUCAAGAGGAAGAAGAGGCCCAGGAGAAGAACGGCAGCCCACCACGGCCAACAAGCUCAGCCCCGAUGGGGGCCGGGGAACUCGCUGAGGAAGCACAGCCCGGACAGCAGGAGUUGCAACUGCAACAGUCAGAAUGGCAACGAGAGCUGCAGCCAGAGCAGCAAACACAAAGCCAGCCAUCAGGACAGCAGCUAGAAUUGCAGCAGCAAGAUGGGCAAGGCCAGCUGCCUCAACAAAACAAGGACCUGCAGGGAACACCCCAACCUGUGCCCCCUGGGCAUCUGAGACCACAGCUGCAGCUGAUGCAACGGCAGGACCAAAUACAGGAGCAGCAAGUGCAGGAGCAACAACUGUGGCAGCAACAGCAGAAACUGUUACAAGAGCAGGACCAGUUACAGCAGCAGCAGCAGGACCUGCAGCAGGACCAGUUACAGCAGCAGCAGCAGGACCUGCAGCAGGAACAGUUACAGCAGCAGCAGCAGCACCUGCAGCAGGAACAGUCACAGCAGCAGCAGCACCUGCAGCAGGAACAGUUACAGCAGCUGCAGCAGCACCUGCAGCAGGAACAGUUACAGCAGCAGCAGCACCUACAGUUACAGCAGCAGCAGCUGCAGCAGCAGCAGGAACUGCUACAGCAGCAGCGACAGGAACAGUUACAGAUGCAGCAGCUGCAGCAGCAGCAGGAACUGUUACAGCAGCAGCAGCUGCUGCACCAGCAACAGUUACAGCAGGAGCUGCUGCACCAGCAACAGUUACAGCAGCAGCAGCUGCAGCAGCAAGAACAGUUGCAAGAGCAGCAGCAGCCCCGUCCACUGGAGCCAGAGGAGGAGGAAGAGGUGGAGCUGGAGCUCAUGCCGGUGGACCUGGGGACGGAGCAGGAACUGGAGCAGCAGCGGCAGGAGCUAGAGCGGCAGCAGGAGCUGGAGAGACAACAGGAACAGCGGCAGCUGCAGCUUAAACUGCAGGAGCAGCUGCAGCAGCUGGAGCAGCAGCUGGAGCAGCAGCAGCAGCAGCUGGAGCAGCAGCAGGAGGUGCAGCUGGAGCUGACCCCGGUGGAUCUGGGAGCCCAGCAGCAGGAGGUGCAGCUGGAGCUGACCCCCAUGCAGCCGGAGCUGCAGCUGGAGCUGGUGCCCGCCGCAGGCGGCGGCGGGACUCCGGCCCCGGGCGCUCCAGCCGCGGUCGUGGUGGCCCCCCCGGGCUACGUGGUGCUGCAGGAGCUCAUGGUGUUGCCGGCCGUGGCGGCGCCCGCGGUGGUGGCCAUCCCGGGCCCCGCGGGCAGCGCGGCGCUGACUCCGGCCAGGCAGCGGCGGCGGCGGCGCGCGCGGGACCGGCCGACCAUCUGCGGGGAGUGCGGCAAGGGCUUCAGCCGCAGCACGGACCUGGUGCGGCACCAGGCCACGCACACGGGCGAGCGGCCGCACCGCUGCGGCGAGUGCGGCAAGGGCUUCUCGCAGCACUCCAACCUGGUGACGCACCAGCGCAUCCACACGGGCGAGAAGCCCUACGCCUGCUCCUACUGCGCCAAGCGCUUCAGCGAGAGCUCGGCGCUCGUGCAGCACCAGCGCACGCACACCGGCGAGCGGCCCUACGCCUGCGGCGACUGCGGCAAGCGCUUCAGCGUCUCGUCCAACCUCCUGCGCCACCGGCGCACGCACUCGGGCGAGCGGCCCUACGUGUGCGAGGACUGCGGCGAGCGCUUCCGCCACAAGGUGCAGAUCCGCCGCCACGAGCGCCAGCUGCACGGCGCCGGCCGCUCGCGAGGCCUGGGCCUGCUCCGCGGCUCGCGCGCGGCCACCGGCGGCCCACCGCGCUCCGAGCAGGCGCCCUGACCGGGACCGGGAGCGGGACCGGCGGGGACGGGCGGGCACGGAGGGGAGGCUGGGGCCGGGGAGGGCGCGGGCUCCUCCCGCCCUGUUCCGUGGCCGCGGGGCCGGGCUUCCAGCGCUCUCCUUGCUUAGCCGAGGGGAGGCCACGUUCGCGCACGGACCCUCGGAAACGCUCCUCGCGCCACGAGAGGAAAGAGAGGAAAGCCGCCGGGGCCACGCAGCCCAGGUGUUGCGCAUCCGUACGAACAGCGCGCCGCACAGAUUUGUUCCUGGGUGCCGAUCCGUGAGGAGGCUGCUAAAGCCCUUUCCCCGGAAAACGGGACUUGGAAGAAGUGAGAGCCACAGGAGAAAACUGCCGGUGACACGUGUGACAGUUGGUGACAUCAGACAUGCAUCGAACACUAACCAGGGAAUCGAAUAUAUGUGGUAAAACGCACAUGGAUAGGAUUUGGUCCUGGUGAAAAUUUCUUCAAGGAAAAAAAAAUGGGGGAAAAAAGGAAAUGUAUCUGCACUUUGUAGAAAACCGAUCAAGGCGUUAAAUUGUCCUCAAUGGCAUUUGCCUUGAAAGUACUUUCUAGAGUGAAAAUGCCUCAGGGUGGAUAUCAUCCUGAUUAAAAUGUUUGUGUUCAUAAGCACAGGGUCAGAGUGUCCCCUGGGUCAAUGCACAGAUGCCAGGAAGCCCUUCCCUGGGUCGAAGCUAAACCUUCCCCCCUGGGGAUCCCAGGGUUCCAGCGAGGGUGGGAGGCAGGCUCUCGCCCUCUUUGCUGCCAAGGUCCCGCGCCCACGGUGGCCUGGCAGUGUCCUCUUGAGCAGGAGCCUGCGGCCGAAGCAGAGGGCAUUCGAGAAUGCCUCUCCACAGUCCAGUGCAGUGUUCCCCUUGGGGAAGGAGCUCUGAGCUGAGCCCGCCCAGACCUCCCUGGGAUCUGCCAUCUCUGGGCUUCUCUUUUGCUUGUCCAGGGACUAAGGCUAUGGGGUUGGGGCCUUGAGACCCAGGGGCAGGGUUCUCCUGGGCCGGGCUAUGCAGGCUGCUGGCCUGAGCAGAUCCGGCCUCAUCACUGGUGGAGUCAGAGGGAGAAAUUGGGGGACAAAGGUUGGAGGCAACAGAAAUGCUUUUUACAACGUUUACAGAAUUGUCUGGGGGUCUGUCCGAGCAUCGGCAAUGUUAAUGCCUGUGGGAAGGCAGGACAGUGGAGGAGGCUGCCCGCCCCUUCUGCCCCAAGUGCUUGCUUCCUGCUCUUGACUUCCCACGUGCGGCUGCUUCGAUGCUGCCCCUCUCUUCGCUCCCUGCUUCUCCUUUACUAACACAGCCUGCGGCAUUUUACAAAUGUGUUGGUUGAGUGAGAAACAAAAAUUGAAAAAUAAAUUUAAAUGAA